UGGUGUAGCGGAGGAGACUGGCUGUGGCCUCAUUUUGAGACCUCCCCUCAGUUUAGGACUCAGUACGGUAAGCGCGUGGUGACGGUGAAGGUGGACGUGAACGGCACCGGUAACGAGUCUGAGCUCAGUUACGAGGAGGCCAUCCCGGUGUUGGGCACGGUGAACGGUAUCAACGCUCUGGGCCUGGUGGUCUUCUCCAUGAGCUUCGGCCUCAUCAUCGGCAGCAUGAAGGAGCAGGGCCAGCCGCUGCGGGACUUCUUCGACUGUCUCAACGAGGCCAUCAUGAGGCUGGUGGCCAUCAUUAUGUGGUACGCUCCUGUGGGGAUCCUGUUCCUGAUUGCAGGGAAGAUAGUGGAGAUGGAGGAUCUCUCUGUGAUGGGGGGGCAGCUGGGCAUGUACACUGUAACGGUCAUCGUCGGCCUGCUAAUACACGGCGUGGUCGUUCUGCCCGCUCUCUACUUCCUGGUUACCCGCAAAAAUCCCUUUGUGUUCAUCGGAGGACUGCUGCAGGCUCUCGUCACUGCUCUGGGCACCUCCUCCAGCUCGGCCACUCUGCCCAUCACCUUCAAGUGUCUGGAGGAGAAUAACGGUGUAGAUAAACGUGUGACGCGGUUUGUCCUACCAGUGGGAGCCACCAUAAACAUGGAUGGGACGGCACUGUACGAGGCGCUGGCCGCCAUAUUCAUCGCUCAAGUAAAUGAAAUGGACCUCAACUUCGGACAGAUACUGACCAUCAGUAUCACAGCUACAGCCGCCAGUAUCGGAGCAGCUGGAAUCCCUCAGGCUGGACUGGUUACCAUGGUGAUAGUGCUGACCUCAGUAGGACUGCCCACUGAUGACAUCACACUAAUCAUUGCAGUUGAUUGGUUGCUGGACCGUCUGCGCACCACCACUAAUGUUCUAGGUGACUCUAUCGGAGCGGGAAUCGUGGAGCACCUGUCCCGUCACGAGCUGGCGACGGUGGACACUGAGCUGGGGAACUGUGUUCUGGCAGAGAACCAGGAGAAGAAAACUCCAUACAAGCUCAUCUCUCAGAACAACGACGACCGACUCCCCGACAGCGAGACCAAGAUGUAGCUCCACCUCCAGAGCUUCAGAUCCAACUAUAUCCGCUAUACGGACUCUCACCAACCGGACGUCUGGCUCAGAUGGCUCUACGCUAUGUUCCACACAUGUUCGACCUUUAGCUUUAGCACUGGAGCUACGAUGCUAAUGACGCUAACAUGAAAUGGAAGUUUAUACCCCACCAAUUAGCAUAUGUCCAUGUUUAUGAACCAUAUAGUGCUAGAAUUUUCCAUUCCACCUUAAACGGUGCAGCAACAUUUAAGCUGCACCAUUUAAGGUGGAAUGAAAAAUUCCAAGCCAACUUCACGAACAUGUUUGGGGAAAGUGUGUAAUGUUUUAGCCGUACAGUUAGCAUCAUGCUAAUCGUUGGCUAUAAGCUUCCAUCACGUUAGCUACAAUAGCAUUGUAGCUUUAGCGCUAAAGCUACUCAAGCUGGGGGAGGGAGUUGUUUUGGUUGAACUAUCGCUUUAAAACAAAACAGGAAAUGGAUUGUUUCUUAGGGAGUGCACACUCAAAGGAUCAUGGGAUUCAUUAGAAUGAGGAACAAUGCUGGUACUCUAUCUGUCUGUCUGUCCAUCUGUCUGUCCAUCUGUCUGUCCAUCUGUCUGUCUGUCCACCUGUCUGUCCAUCUGUCUGUCUCCGUUCCAUCUGUUUGUCCGUCUGU